CAGCAGCAUCAAAAUGUACUCAAAUUGGUAUUUAUCCAGAUAUACUCGAUUGUUCUAUUUUUCAUUAUUGUCGUGAAAAUAAACAUCAUGAAAUAUUUAAAUGUCCAAAUGCACUUCAUUUUGAUCCAAAAACAUUUAUGUGUUUACCUCCUCAACUGGUUAAUUGUCAAUAUGAAUCAUCAAUAAAAAUAGAAGAUGAUAUGAAUACAAUCUGUCGUGAUUAUGCACCUGAAACAUAUUUACCUGUACCAAAUCGUUUUGAUGAAUUUAUAAUAUGUAAAACUGAUGGUAGAAGUAUUUCAAUGAAAUGUAAAUCUGGUUUGAUUUAUAAUGCAUUGACUACAGCUUGUGAAAAAGGACCUUGUACAUUCGAUUCAACCUUAUGUAAAAAUGAAGGUCAAUGUAUAGAUGAACCAACAAAUGAGAAAGGUUUUAAAUGUAUAUGUUCAAAUCAAUUUCAAGGAGAUUUUUGUGAGAAAGAUAUCAAUUUGAAAGAAACAACUGAACAAUCAAAUAAUAGAGAAAUAAUGAUAAAAAAUUCUGAUAGUUUUUUUCAACAAAAUAUUUUUGAUGAAACAACACACAUACCAUACGCUGAAAAAAUAAAUAUACUUCGAAAAAAUAAAUCUAUAAUAACAAACAAAACUUCAAGUAAUCUAUCACAAAAUAAACCAUUACUUUAUUCUGAACAACAGCAACAAGUUUCACAAAUGAUCAAAAUAAUAUUUAUUAUUAUAAUAACUUUAAUUGGUCUUAUUUUAUUUGGAUCGAUUAUAUUUGGUAUAGUAGUAAUAACUCGUUUAAUUAUUUAUUCAUCAAGACCAACGACUAACGAAUGGAAAACAUUACAAGAAGAAUCAAAUAUUUAA